CAACAACACUCGACAUAGACGAGGGUUUCUCCACCCACCAUUCGAAAUCUCUGGACUCUGGAGAGCGACUCCGAUCGACUCGAUCCUCUCACUCCCCCUCCUCGUCAAUGGCGACGAUCAAAUGCAUCAAGGCGCGUCAAAUCUUCGACAGCCGCGGCAAUCCAACCGUCGAGGUGGAUGUUUGUCUUAGUGAUGGAGCCAAGGCUAGGGCUGCAGUCCCUAGUGGCGCGUCUACAGGUAUUUAUGAAGCUUUGGAGUUGAGAGAUGGUGGAUCUGAUUAUCUUGGAAAAGGUGUCCUCAAGGCUGUUGAGAAUGUGAAUGCCAUCAUCGGACCAGCAUUAAUUGGGAAGGAUCCCACUGAGCAGACACAGAUUGAUAAUUUCAUGGUUCAGCAGCUUGAUGGAACCUCUAAUGAAUGGGGUUGGUGCAAACAAAAGCUUGGUGCGAAUGCUAUUCUGGCUGUAUCACUUGCUGUGUGCAAAGCUGGAGCUAUGGUGAAGAAGAUUCCCCUCUAUCAGCACAUUGCCAAUCUUGCUGGAAACAAGAACAUAGUUUUGCCAGUACCUGCAUUUAAUGUCAUCAAUGGAGGAUCACAUGCUGGAAACAAGCUGGCUAUGCAGGAAUUCAUGAUCCUUCCUGUUGGAGCCUCCACGUUCAAGGAAGCCAUGAAGAUGGGUGUAGAAGUGUACCAUCAUUUGAAGGCUGUUAUUAAGAAGAAGUAUGGGCGAGAUGCUACUAAUGUUGGUGACGAAGGUGGUUUUGCUCCUAACAUUCAGGAGAACAAGGAGGGCCUUGAGCUUUUGAAGACGGCUAUAGCGAAAGCAGGAUAUACGGGCAAAGUUGUUAUUGGGAUGGAUGUUGCUGCUUCAGAGUUUUACAAUGAGAAGGACAAGACCUAUGAUCUGAACUUCAAGGAGGAGAACAAUGAUGGCUCCCAGAAAAUAUCUGGAGAUAGUUUGAAAAAUGUAUACAAAUCCUUUGUUUCUGAGUAUCCCAUUGUGUCGAUAGAAGACCCCUUUGAUCAAGAUGACUGGACCCACUACGCAAAGUUGACUGAAGAGAUUGGCGAGCAGGUGCAGAUCGUUGGAGAUGAUCUUCUUGUCACCAACCCAACGCGUGUUGCUAAGGCAAUAAAGGAAAAGACAUGUAAUGCCCUCCUAUUAAAGGUUAAUCAAAUUGGGUCUGUAACGGAGAGUAUUGAAGCUGUGAAAAUGUCUAAGCGUGCGGGCUGGGGUGUCAUGGCAAGUCACCGAAGCGGUGAAACCGAGGAUACAUUCAUUGCCGACCUCUCGGUUGGUUUGGCCACUGGCCAGAUCAAAACUGGAGCUCCUUGCCGCUCUGAACGCCUUGCAAAAUAUAACCAGCUUCUGAGGAUCGAGGAGGAACUUGGUGCUGCAGCUGUCUAUGCGGGAGCGAAGUUCCGUGCACCUGUAGAGCCUUAUUAAGAGGGGAGUCGACAUUCUCUCAUCAACGGCAUUAUGUUUUGGCAAUGCGUCUUCGUUUUGUUGAGAAUUGAGAGAUUUAGUCACUAAAUAGUUAGUGCCCAAUAAAUUUUGCUUCUUGAGUACCGCCAGUUCUAUCUGUGCGGCAGCAUAAGAGUGAAGUUAACUUACUCUUCCUCAGUUUAUUACACUUUUAAGUUUAACCGAUCUGAAGAGACUUCAGGCUUCUUGAAAUGAAGUUUUUGGCUACAAAACAAUAUUUGGUUUCUUUGAAACUGUUGCUCUUUGCUGUAAUUCCAUUUUAUUAUGCAUUUUUAUGCCUCA